AUGUUUAAAAUAAAUAUUUGGUUAUUUUUGUUUUCGAUUAUAUUUUGUUCAAAAUUAAAUGCUCAAGAAGAAUGGCGAAAUCAAUGGCAACCUAAUAAAGUAACUUUAAAUGAACAAAGGAAGCAUAUUGAUGUUGAUACAAGGUGGUUAGACAGAGAAUAUAAAGAAAAGACUGGUCAAACUGUUCAAAAGGUGGGCUUAGAUGCUAGUAAUAAAGAAAAAGCCAUAGUAGAUUUAAUUACUGAACAAAAACAACUAAGUGCUUCAGCACAUGGAAAUGUAGCUAUAGCAGAAUCGAGUGUUCCUGGACAGAGAGCACAAGUCCAGAAAUUUGGAGAUAAAGGAGGGCUUGCACAAGUUGAAGGACACAGGCAAAAUAAAUUUAAAACAAUUAAUUCUAUAUUAAAAAUGUGGAGGGGGGGAAGGAAAAGGGGUUUAGGAAGGCCAACUUAUUGUCAGAUAUUAAGCAGAGGGAAUUCCAUCUACGGAGAAGGCAAACAUGCAUUAUUAAAAGCUGAUGGUCAAUACGAGUUGGAUACUUUAUCUAAAGGAGGAAAAGAUGAUAAAGAUGGGGAAAAAGAAUUUCAAGCACGUAAUGAUCGCUUCGAUUUUCGAUUAACGCCGGCUGAACAAAAUGAGAAGCAAGGGCAUGGAUUGCUUUCUUUUGGGGAUAAUGUAAGUGGGCGAAGAAUUUGA